AUAACUAAAAAUGAGGACGAUCCUCUACAUCUUGUAUUUAAUUGGCAUUGUAGCUGCUGAUAGAGAUGACAUGGGUAGACCCCCAAUUUGCAACACUAAUGUAUAUAACUUCACAGGACUUGACAAUAAUACGAGAGUCAUAUCACAAUUAUGCAAUGGCGGUCGAUGACCUUGUAAUGAUAUAAAUUUUACAUUCCCAGAUUCUCCAGACAAGAAGCCAUCCAUCAUUAACCAAGGGAUCUAUUUCACUCCUGGCACAUACCUCAAUAUAAGCAGUCCAUACAAUUUACAGUAUGGACGCCCAUUCUCUUUCGAGAUGUGGAUAUUUGGUACUACAACUAUACCUGAUUCUAAAUUUGGAGAGCAGUCCAACCAGACGACUUACUUUGUCAUGGAGGUUCAGUAUUUAACUGGCUCAAGAAGACGUAUGACAGCUUUACCAAAGGUUGCAGCUGGAUAUAUUGAGAAUUCUGGCAAAUUUGCAAUGGUAUUUGACACCCUUGCUUUGAAUAGUGCUAAGCAAGCUAAAAAAGGGUGGAACAAAUUAGCAAUGACAUGGAUGGCAUCCAACAUUCUUGGCACUGUGUAUCAUUCAUUACAAGAUACAAACAAUGCAGUUGACGCAGAUGGCAUUUUCAGCAUAGGUAGCCAUAAUCUGAUAGGAUGCUCUGAGAACUGUGGCAACACAAAUUUCAUCCUACAUAGCUUGAAGCUAAGCAGCAUGGAGGAUCUGACAAUCACACCAUUAUCAUUCUCUUUCAAUCCAUACAGCCUCCAGUGAGGAGAUGGAAAGAUGACUCGGAAAUCUCUUGAACAAUGAGAUGAUGGAGAUAUUGAUGAUGAUAAUGGGUGUGACUCUGCUUGAAUGAUCAAACCAGGAUACAAUUGAACAGGACUUGAAUUGGGAAAAAGUAUUUGAAAGCCAAUAUGUGGAGAUGGAGUCAUCAUUUCUCCUGAGAUUUGAGAUGAUAAUAACAGUGAAAAUAAUGAUGGAUGUAAUUCCGGAUGACAAGUUGAGGAAAAAUAUGUUUGAACAAAUUCAACUCCAAAAGGGCUAAGUAUAUGAAACAAGUGCAAGGUAAAGCAUUGUGCCCAAUGCGAUCCGAUGAAUUAUGAAAAAUGUGUAAAGUGCGAAAUGCCUUUCAAGUUGUCAAGUCCAACAAGGUGAUAUUCAGCAAAGAAUUUAGAAAUCUCCAAAGGCACUCAGCAAAUGUCUUCAAGCUCUCAGGCUGUGUCAGGAGUCAGUGCUGGAGCUACAAUAGGAGUCUCAAUUUUAAAUCUAUCAUCAGUUGCUGCCAUCUGGUCAAUAGUAAAUCAGCUCCAAUUAUACUUGCUGUUGCUUCUGACUAAAACUCCAUUUCCUGAUAAUGUGAGAGGAAUGAUUUUAAGUAACCAAAUAUUCCAGUUCAAUCUCAACUUCAUUCCAGUCAAGAGCCUUCCUAAAGUCUCUGAGUUUGCCGAUUGGAUUGAUGUUGAACAGGAGAAUAUCUAUCUGGAAACUAUUGGCAUUGAGUCGAAAGCAAGCUUGCUGAAUAACUUCGGAUUUGCUGUUUGGAUGGUUCUCUUGAUUACUCUCUAUCCUCUUGUAAUGACACUGAAGCUAUGUAUCAACUAUAAAAAUGAGAAGAAAUGCAGCUUCAACUAUGUGAUGAUCAAGAUUGUAGACCUCUUCAACUUUAUUAUUUACAUCAGACUGAUUCUUGGAGGGUUUCAGCUGCUUCUAGUUUGAAGUUUGUCAGAAGCUAUCGAUUCUGAUUUUUCGAGUCUCUCUCAGAUUGUUUCAUUAAUAUUUUCGUAUCUAGUUUUAAUUGCGUGUAUUAGUGCAAUUGGAAUGUCGUUCUAUAUUUUCUAUUCUAAAAGAGAGUUCUAUGAUCCUGACAAGUACUACAAGCUUGGAGAAUUCAUCACAGGAAUCCAGAACUCUAAAUUUGCUAGACUCUACCCUUUCAUGAGUCUGACCAGAAGAACUCUCUUUGUUGGGUGGCUCAUCAUUUUCAGCUGGUUCGACUGCAUCUACUUGUCAAUAGGAAUGCUGGGAGUUCAAAUAGUGUACUUGGUUGCUCUUGCAGUGAUUAGACCCUUUGAUAGGCUAGAGAACAAUCUGAUUGAAUUGGUAAACGAAGUCAUUUACACUUCAAUGCUCUCAAUCAUGAUAGCUUGAAACAGAGAGGAAGAGUGGUCAGGCUCAAUCACUAGCAUCUUCUGUGGAAUCAUUCUGUUUAACUCUCUCAUCAUUACAUUCAUCAUGAUAGGGGCUUUGUUGGUGUCUUUGUGCAAAAAGUGCUUCAGCAAGAAAGGUACAACUCAGACUCCAGUGCAGCCAGUGCAAGACAUCACAAUGAACAUUAGAAACACAAGAACCACUCACAGAAUAGAAUCCGAUACCUCAGGGAUCAGAAUGAUGCCAUCAUCAAACAAUCCCAACAUGUCUAAACUAUUCGAAGAAGCAAGGAAGAAGACCAAUCUUGAAAGAAGAGGAGACAUAGACCACUAAUCCAAUUUAAUUUCCCAACUACUAAUCUAGU